AUGUCUAUCAAGCAAGGAGAAAAGGAGAGCGUGAGUGACUAUAUAGGUCGUUUCAACUUUGAAGCCGUCACAAUUCCCAACCUUCAGCAGGAUGUCGCAGUCCUAGCACUGAUAUCCGGUUUGAAGGAAGGAACUCUCUUUAGAAGCUACCUGGGUCGUAAGAAGUUGACCAGCUUGACUGAAAUCCUAGGUAAGGCCAAUGAGUUUAUCAGAGGAGAGGAAUUUGACAAGGCGACAACUGCGAAGAAAUCCGAAGGAGAUGGAAAGGAGAAGGAUAAAGACAAGGACAAAUACCGGAAAGAUAAAAAGUUAGAUGGACUCGAUAGGAAGGAUGAGAAUAACUUAUUAAAGAAGGGACAUGACGGACGAUCUGAUCGUUACUACAACUAG